AUGCACAUUUUGGUGGUCAACGAUGAUGGUCCUCCAUCAAACAAAUCUUCGCCUUACGUCCAUUCCCUCGUCCACACUCUUCAGUCCGCCGGCCAUGUUGUAUCAGUGGUCCUCCCUCAUCAACAGCGGUCAUGGAUCGGCAAAGCGCACUUGAUCGGUGCCUCUGUAAGACCGACCUACUUCCGGCCCGGCAUCCUGCACGAAGACAAUGGCACCAUCCAUGACUUCCCCCGCACCGACGACGACGACGACGGAGACGAGUGGCUUCUCAUAGACUCGACACCGGCAAGCUGCGUCCAGAUCGGUCUUUUCCACUACUUUCAAGAACGAGGUCCCGUCGACGUGGUCGUGUCGGGUCCCAACUACGGCCGCAAUACGACUGCUUUAUUCGCUUUGUCGAGCGGGACAAUCGGAGGAGCUUUGGAGGCUGCGCACUGUGGGAAACGCGCCAUUGCCCUUUCCUAUGCCUUUAGCUCGCGCAACCAUGACCCUGUUGUGAUCGCUGAAGCAUCGCAGCACUCGGUGAGGCUGAUUGAAUACCUCUGCGAGAACUGGGCGGAGGGAGUGGAUCUGUAUAACAUCAAUGUACCUCUGGAGCCGGGAAUGAGCAAGUGCAAGGUGCUAUACACCAGUAUGCUUGACAAUAGGUGGACUGGCAGCUGCUUCCAGGCUGUUGAUGCAGCGCUCCCGGAUGAAACUCCCCAGGUACAGGAGCAGAGGCUGCGGGACCAGGGUGAACGACUGGGGGAGAAGCCCACUGCCGCUCCAGGGGCAGGGCCACGCAGGAGGAUGCGGUUCCAGCAUAAGCACUUUCAGUGGAAUCCUGAUUUCACGGAUGUGUGGAAGAGUGUAGAGGCGAGUGGACCGGGCAACGAUGGUCGCGCUGUGCGCGAGGGAAUGACAAGUGUUACCCCUCUCAAGGCCACUUUCAUGCGUACACCAGGUAUCCAAGGCGAAAUUAAUCUCUCACAUAAUGAUGAACCUGCAUUCUAUUCCAUCGUGGAUAGCGACGAUCCUUACGUGCAGAGCCUGAUGGAACAAGCCUUACAGCGUCGCCUUCGCAAAGGACAGUAUCAAAUCGUAUCGAAGCUGUCCGAUCUUCCUUCCCCCUCCGCUCCUCUCUUUCAAUAUCGCGAAUACGAACGGCUGGACUUUGAGCAUGCGAUGAUGAACUCGACUACCUCCCUGGUCAACGCCUAUAUCAUCCGGAAAGCGCUCAUUCGCAAGCACUACCUCUCCAACACAGUGGCCAACUGGGUCACCAAGCACCCUAACAGCGUACUACGGAACCAUUUCAAAUUCGCGUGCGACUUCGAGCUAGACUACGCCGAGUUCCUCGACGAAGCCCUGCUCGAGGCAUACGAGCUCCGCGAGAGCCUGGACAGGAACGAAGGCAAACCGGAUUCAGAAAAGGAAUGGUGGAUUCUGAAAGCAGGAAUGAGUGACCGCGGACAAGGCAUCCGUCUCUUCAACAGCGAGGAUCAACUACGCGAGAUAUUCGAAGAAUGGGAGGAGGACGACUCUGAUAAUGAAAGCGAACCCGAGAACCCAGAUACAGAGGACCGGGAUGGACAAGGCGUUGUCACCUCCCAGCUACGCCACUUCAUCGCCCAACCCUACAUAGACCCUCCUCUCCUUCUACCUUCCUCGUCGAACCGCAAGUUCCACAUCCGAACUUAUGUGCUUGCUGUCGGCUCAUUGAAAGUCUACGUCUACAAGGAGAUGCUGGCUCUCUUCGCCGCGAAACCAUACUGUCCUCCAUGGGAGGACGAAGACGAGGUCAUCGAUCUCGCCAGACACCUGACAAACACCUGUUUCCAAGAAGGCGGCAGCACCAACGAAGAAAGCGUCCGACUGUUCUGGGACCUGGAUCACCAUGUACCCGGAUUGAGCCACGGCUGGAAAGAGAAGAUAUUCGACCAGAUUUGCGCCGUCACCGGAGAGGUCUUCGAGGCGGCCGCACGAGGCAUGAUGGUUCAUUUCCAGACCCUGCCAAACGCCUUUGAGCUCUUCGGCGUCGAUUUUCUCGUCGACGAGGAUGGUGUGCCCUGGCUGCUGGAACUGAAUGCUUAUCCAGACUUUGGUCAGACUGGAGAAAAGCUGAAGGACCUCGUUGUGGGCCGCCUCUUUGAGGAAACUGUUGAGGUUGCCGUCAAACCUUUCUUCGGUAUGGAUGAUUCACCAGUAAAAGGAACAAGUGACUUGAGACUCGUUGCCGAUCUCGAACUGGGCAGAAAAGCUUAA